UUAACCUCACACAUGAUAGAGUUGUCAAAACAGAAUUUAAGCAAGAGAUACAGAGCUGUCUAAAAUGAGAGAGAUGAUCAUCUUGAAAAUAAUUAUACGGACGUAAAGCCAAUAAGCUGCAGUGUUUCACGUACUAUUCCCCGCCACAUUCAGCGUUGAAAAGUUGUUGAACCUGGCUGGCUGGCGGUCGUAUAUUUCUGACUCUAGUCAACGAUUACAUUUGGCGGGCAACGGAAGUGUGAGUGUGAUAAUCGUAAAUUGGAGACAAAAAUGGCAUCGGCCUUAGAAGUGACAUCAACAUUCAAACUGCUACCAAAAACCCGACGCGCGGUGAUCCUCCACAGAGGACUAUUCAACAAAACCAGACUAUUUAGUACUUCUCCUAUAGCAAUUAAUGUGAUUGUUCCAAGAGUGCAAAAUAAUUUGAACAAUGACUCGCGUAGUUUCUCAACAUCAACAAAGUUUGGUGCAAAUCUGUUUUCUUACAAUAAGCACGUGCAGGGAGGAUCGGCUCCUCUUUUUAAGCGGCGAAAUGUAUUCAUGAAUGGAGCCCAGUCAUUGAUCAACGAUCAGCAUCUCAGUGCAACAAAAUCGUAUUCCGGAAGUGCGGCAAAAAUUGUGGAAUCUCCUUUCGGAGAUGUUACCCUUCCUGAACUUACGUUACCUCAGGCCAUUUGGAAGGAUAUGGACGAAUGGAGUGAAAUGCCUGUUAUUACAUGUGGCAGUACAGGGAGAUCCUACAAAUAUUCGGAAGGACGAUUCAUUUCGCACAGCUUCGGCAGUGCGCUGCUCUCGACUUUGAAGCUGAAGAAGGGAGAUGUCGUGGGAUUACUGAUGCCCAAUAUACCCGAAUAUGUAUUCGCAAUUCACGGAGCGCUCGAGGCUGGAUUAGUAGUAACGUUCGUCAAUCCUCUCUACACUGCUGGUGAGGUGAAGAGACAAUUCGAGAAUGCAGGGGUGAAAUGCUGUGUGACGAUUCCGCAGUUGGCAGAGAUCGCGCAGGCGGUGGCACCGGCUCUGCCCAAUUACAAGGGCACGGUGAUCGUCGGCGGCGAGGAGACAGAUGUCUCCCGCAAGAUAUUCGACUUCAAAACCCUCAUUCUCACCCAAAGGGGCGACGUGCCUUUCCCCAAGAUAUCGCCGGAUGAUGUGGCCCUUCUGCCCUACUCCAGUGGCACCACAGGCAUGCCCAAGGGAGUCCAGUUGACACACAGGAAUUGUGUCGUCAAUUUGGAGCAAUGCAAGCACAAGUCGCUCGUCAAUCACGUUCCAACUGCAGGAAAUUACCAGGAGAAAGUGCUGAGUGUUCUGCCGUUUUUCCACAUAUAUGGAUUCAAUGGAAUUCUGAAUAGCGUGAUGAUUUACGGAAUGCACAUGAUAACUCUGCCAAAAUUCACUCCAGAAAUGUAUCUGGAAGCUGUGAUUAAAUAUAGACCGACAGUGCUGUUCGUGGUGCCUUCGCUGCUGAUGUUCCUGGCGUCACACCCAGCCGUCAAGUCGGAGCACCUGUCCAGCAUCAAGGAGGUGACGUGCGGCGCUGCACCCGCCACAAAGGGACUCCUCGACAAGUUCAAGGAGAAAAUCGGCAGAGGAGACACUAUCGACAUUAGACAAGGUUACGGCAUGACUGAGACGGCACCCUGCACCUUGCUGUCGCCGCACAGCAUGCCGGCCGACAAGGUGGGCUCCUGCGGUCAGCUGGUCAAGGGCACAUCGGCGCAAAUCGUCAGCCUCACGUCGGGGGAGAGUCUCGGCCCCAACCAGUCCGGAGAGUUGUGGGUCAAGGGACCACAGAUAAUGAAAGGCUACCUGAAGAAUGAGGAGGCGACAAAAGAGACGAUAACUGAAGACGGCUGGCUGAAAACUGGAGAUGUCGCCUACUACGAUGAAGACGGAUACUUUUUCAUCGUCGACAGGACGAAAGAACUCAUCAAAGUCAAGGGAAAUCAGGUAUCACCAACCGAGCUGGAAAACAUUGUGAUGCAGAUACCUGGAGUGGCCGAUGUAGCCGUCGUGGGAAUUCCUGACAUUCUGUCAGGAGAGCUGCCGCGGGCGUUUGUUGUGCGGAAGGCGGGAGCCAGUUUGAAUGAGAGCGACAUCACCUCCUUCGUCGAGCCCAAGGUGGUCGCCUACAAGAGGUUGACGGGAGGUGUGCGAUUCCUCGAUGUUAUUCCCAGAAAUCCAGCAGGAAAGGUGCUCAGGAACGAGCUCAAAGUGUUCGGUGAAAAAGUGCCAACAGAGGAACACGCUCAAUGAGAAUGUUUUAACGAGAGAUUUGGACAAAAAUAAUAAGUUAUCACUGUGGGCACCUGUACGAAAAAAUCCAGCAAUAUAUCUUCUAUAAACUUAUUUAAAAAGACCAAACUAUUUAAAGGUCACAAUUAUACAUAAAACUCAAUUCAAUGUUCGUUUUGAAAUAGUGUUUUGGAAUUCAAGUUUGUAAGUUAUAUUUUACCAUGAAAGCCAAACAUGAGAUAGGAUAAUAUAACAUUUUCAAGUCAUUGGAGAAGAAGUGAUUAUGAUUGAGAGUAGAUUAAAUUGGUAUAAGCUAUGGUAUGAAUAAGAAGCAAACCUCUGCGUUAAGAUAGCAGGGUCUAUGAUGCAAUAUAUACCGGUAUAAUAUGAAAUUAUUUUGGAUAGCGUAUUUUUAAUAGUGAAAUUUUCUACUUUGGGCAACCUUUUUGUAAAUAGUCGCGUGAAAUAAUUGCUCUUGAUUAAAUUGUAAUCAAUUGAAGAAAUACGAGAGCAGGAAAGGUCAGACAUUUGUGAUGCUUUACUAGAAAUGAAUGAUAAAUUCAUGGAAUAUCGAAUUUAAAAAUAUUUGAAUCGAGAAUGUUGCACAAUGUUUAGGGAAGGUUCACUUUUUGAACUAGAAAGGACAACUUCUGUGUAAUAAUACUUGAAAAAUUAAUAGUUCAUAAGCUUUUCAUUUUUGAGAUGCUUACGCACAUUAGAUCAUUAUAUCAUAUAAUUAUUAUUAUGUCAUUGUUUUAAAAUAAUGUUUGUUAAAAUAACGGAAAAAUCAAAACAAAUAUAGUUUUAAACAUUAGAGUACUUCAAUUUUAAAGAUUAAAUGUACAGAUACAAGUAGCUUUAGACAAUGUAGAUUCACACAGCUUAGAGUUACUAAAUUGAAUGUUCAGUUUUCAAAUUCAGUUUUUGAUCAAGAAUUUAAUGUAGGCACCAUUUUAAUUGAUCAAGCUUACAUUUCUUUCAUUUUACUAAUAUAUGAUUCCUCGAUAUCGUUUUUCCUUAGUUUUAUUGUUAUGAAUGCUAACUCUUAUACAUGUUAUUAUAUUUAGAAAUUAUAUUUAUGUUUGUUAUUGAGAAUAAAAAAUACAGAAGACUGACAA